AUGGUGGUGACAUACAUGGAUGUUGACAUGGAAGAAGAUGAUGUUGGUGGUGGGAAAGAAGAGCUCGUCGAAGCCUUGUCGGAGAGGAGAGACAAACGCUUUCCCUCGUCUUCUCCAUCCGACGUCUGUUCUUCACGGCGAAUUCAACGAUUUUUUCCGAUCGCCACCGUCAUGUCUCAGGUUGAUAACAGAAACUCCUCUGCGGCCAAACGUGCCAGAACUGAUGGGGGUCGUAGAGAAGAUGAUUGGACUUGCCCUAGCUGUGGAAAUGUGAAUUUCUCUUUCAGAACAACAUGCAAUAUGCGCAAUUGUACACAACCUAGACCAGCUGAUCAUAAUUCUAAAUCUGCUGGAAAGCCAAUGCAGACCCCACAAGGGUAUUCAUCUGCUACUGCUGGUCCUUACGUUGGUUCUGGUGCACCUUCAUCAAUGUAUAUUGGUGUACAACCUUAUGGCUCCUCUCUCUCUAUGCUUCCUUAUGAUGUUCAUGUUCCCUCUACUUAUCAUUAUAAUUAUGGAACUCGCCUUUCUGGAGGCAGCCCCUUUCGACCCCUCCCACCCCCCUACUCUGGUGGCUCAAUCAUAGGUGGUAUGUAUGGAGUACCACCGAUGAUGGACCGAUACUUGCCAUUGGGCCACAAUGCUGCAAUGGGUCCACGACCGGGGUUUUAUCCAGAAGAGAAAGCAAAGAAAGAUGGAAAAAGCGACAAUGAUUGGGUAUGCCCUGAUUGUGGAAACGUGAAUUUCUCAUUUAGGACAGUUUGUAACAUGAGAAAAUGCAGUACACCUAAGCCAGGUUCUCAGGCUUCGAAGUCAGGCAAGAACUCCAAAGGAGAUAUGCCUGAUGGGAGCUGGAAGUGUGAUAAAUGUAACAACAUAAACUACCCAUUCAGAACAAAAUGCAACAGACAAAACUGUGGAGCUGAAAAACCAACAGAAUCCGGGAAAUCCCCUUCAGAAGAAGCAGAAGAAAACGAUCAGUGAGUCGUUUGAGAAGGUCGUCCAGCUGUCGUCUCGUCUCGUCUCUUCGGUCAUGUUGCUGCGCUUAUGUAGUUACUCAUUUGUGGUUGUUGUGUCUUGUUAACUUUGUAUCCAAUAAAAAAUAUAUUUAAAAAAAAAAGGUAUGUUUGUGGUCGUUAUGAAGAAGGUUGGCUGGAUGUUUAAGUCUCAAGGUCUAAGUUUGUUGGGCGUUUGGAAUCAUUUAAAAAGAAUGUGAAUGGAAUUCAGAUCCAUCAUCUGUUACAAAAUUAAAAGAUUUGUCAAUUCUUUAAUUUCUAAAAAUCAACUAAUGUUUUAAAGAAUUAUUAAAAAUAAUGCGCAAGUAAAAGUUAAUUGUUUACAAGACAGGUGAUAGCGAGAGUAGGGUGAUGGUGAUGUUGUGGCAAGGUGCCAGGUGGCUUAUGGUGGCUCUGCCAGGUGUUGGUGGAUGAAGAGUGGUGGCCGGUGGUUAUGAGAUGGAUUGCAAAGGAUCAAAGGAAUUGAAAUUCGAUCUUUUAUUUAACCAAACGAGGGGUUGGAAUGGAUUUUAAUUCCAAAUCCCCUAUAAAACCAAACACACCCACAUUAUGAAGAUUGGUUACAUCCUGUAGUUUUUAUAUAAUCAUGUGGGUUUGAAUAUAUAAAAAAUGACGACAGUUGAGCAAGCAAGAGCGUAGAGAGUGAGACACAAGCCUAUAAUUCCUUGCUCGUCUAAUUCUUACAAACAUUUGCUGAAUGAGAUCCCAUGUAUUUUUUAUACUUAAAGUGAACUGCAGGCAUCAUUUUCUUUCUUUUUAGCGUUGCGCCAUAUUUUUUUAAAACAUUUUUUAUGUUGUUACUUUUAGCAAGCUAAAAAAUAGUAUAUAAUAAAACUAGAAAAGGGUAUUCGGCACUGCCGUUUUUGGACUUGAUUGCAAAUCCUUCAAUGUAUUGUGGCAAACAAUGAAAUUAAAAAAUUUUGGUGGCCAA